UCAGCGUGCUGCAUGUGGUUGAUGGCUGGACCCAACAUCAUAAACGCUGCAGUAACACACGUCACUUACACAUAAAAACAUCACAGUAUUUUGAUUUGCAUGACUUUAUUUAUAUAUUGACUGUGUGAACACGCCGCAGUCAUGGUGAAGGAGCAGUUCAGAGAGACGGAUGUGGCCAAAAAGAUAAGUCACAUCUGUUUCGGUGUGAAGUCAGCAGAGCAGAUGCGUCAGCAGGCUCAUAUUCAAGUGGUCAGUAAAAAUCUCUACAGUCAAGACACGAGCCACACGCCGCUUUCAUACGGAGUCCUGGACCAUCGCAUGGGCACCAGUGAGAAGGACAGACCCUGCGAAACCUGUGGGAAGAACCUGGCAGACUGUCUGGGUCACUAUGGAUAUCUAGAUCUGGAACUGCCGUGUUUUCACAUCGGAUACUUCAAAGCCAUUAUCGGAAUCCUGCAGAUGAUUUGUAAGACGUGCUCACACAUUCUCCUGUCUAAAGAAGAAAGGCUUCAGUUUCUGGAUUUUUUGCGGAGACCCGGUCUGGUGUACCUGCAGAAACGGGGUUUAAAGAAGAAAAUCUCUGACAAGUGCAGGAAGAAAAACACGUGCUUUCAUUGCAAUGCAUUUAACGGUCCCGUUAAGAAAUGUGGCUUACUGAAGAUCAUUCAUGAGAAGUAUAAAACCACAAAGAAGGUGAUCGAUCCCAUGGUGUCUGAUUUUCUCCAAUCGUUCGAUGUGGCCAUUGAGCACAAUAAAGAAGUGGAGUCUCUGUUGACCAGAGCACAGGAAAAUCUCAAUCCCCUGGUGGCGAUGAAUCUUUUCCGGAGGAUUCCGAAGGAAGACAUUCCUCUUCUCCUGAUGAAUCCAGAAUCGAGCCAACCCGCCGACCUCAUCCUGACACGCCUUCUGGUCCCGCCCCUCUGCAUCCGCCCCUCGGUCGUGAGCGAUCUCAAAUCAGGAACCAAUGAGGACGACCUGACCAUGAAGCUGACGGAAAUCAUCUUUCUCAAUGAUGUCAUCAAGAAGCAUCGUAUGUCAGGAGCGAAGACUCAGAUGAUCAUGGAGGACUGGGACUUUCUCCAGCUUCAGUGUGCUCUCUACAUCAACAGCGAGCUGUCAGGAAUCCCACUCAACAUGGCACCAAAGAAAUGGACCCGCGGCUUUGUGCAGAGACUCAAGGGAAAACAGGGGCGAUUCCGUGGUAACCUGUCUGGAAAGAGAGUGGAUUUUUCAGGCAGAACUGUUAUCUCUCCCGACCCGAACCUGAGGAUCGAUGAGGUGGCUGUACCAGUGCACGUCGCCAAAAUCCUGACGUACCCUGAGAAGGUGAACAAAGCCAACAUUGAGCUGAUGAGAAAACUUGUGCGCAACGGUCCUGAAGUUCAUCCUGGAGCAAACUUCAUCCAGCAGAGACACAUGCAGAUGAAGAGGUUUUUGAAGUACGGUAACCGAGAGAAGAUGGCGCAGGAGCUGAAGUUUGGUGACGUGGUGGAGAGGCACAUGAUCGAUGGAGAUAUCGUUCUGUUUAACCGACAGCCGUCUCUACACAAGCUCAGUAUCAUGGCUCAUAUCGCGUGUGUGAAACCUCAUCGGACGUUUCGCUUCAAUGAGUGUGUGUGUACGCCGUACAAUGCUGACUUUGAUGGAGACGAGAUGAAUCUUCAUCUGCCGCAGACGGAGGAGGCUAAAGCCGAGGCACUCAUCCUCAUGGGGACCAAAGCUAAUCUUGUGACCCCGAGAAACGGUGAGCCCCUGAUCGCCGCCAUUCAGGACUUCCUGACAGGUGCUUACCUGCUCACACUUAAAGACACGUUCUUCGACCGAACUAAAGCCUGUCAGAUCGUCGCCUCCAUCCUGGUGGGCAAAGAUGAAAAAAUCAAAAUCGCCCUCCCGCCUGCUGCGAUUCUCAAGCCGAUCAGACUGUGGACGGGGAAGCAGAUCUUCAGUUUGAUUCUGAAGCCCAGUAAAAGCUCGCCGGUGAAGGCAAACCUGCGCACCAAAGGCAAACAGUACAGCGGUAAAGGAGAAGAUCUGUGUCCUAAUGAUUCAUUUGUGGUGAUCCAGAACAGCGAGUUGAUGUGUGGCACGCUGGAUAAAGGAACUCUGGGCUCUGGAUCUAAGAACAACAUCUUCUACAUUCUGUUGAGAGACUGGGGUCAGCAGGAGGCCGCAGACGCCAUGUCACGUCUGGCCCGUCUGGCCCCGGUUUACCUCUCCAAUCGAGGGUUCUCCAUCGGGAUUGGCGACGUGACGCCCGGUCAGGGUCUGCUGAAGGCCAAACAGGAGCUUCUGGACGCUGGUUAUAAGAAAUGUGACGAUUACAUUGAAGCUCUGAAGACGGGCAGAUUACAGCAGCAGCCGGGCUGUACCGCUGAGGAAACUCUGGAGGCGUUGAUCCUGAAAGAGUUGUCUGUGAUUAGAGAUCACGCUGGCAGUGCGUGUCUGAGAGAGCUGGACAAGAGCAACAGUCCUCUGGUCAUGGCUCUGUGUGGAUCUAAAGGUUCAUUUAUUAAUAUAUCACAGAUGAUUGCUUGUGUCGGGCAGCAGGCCAUCAGUGGUUUUCGUGUUCCUGAUGGAUUUGAGAAUCGUUCUCUGCCUCACUUCCAGAAGCACUCAAAACUCCCGGCAGCGAAGGGUUUUGUUGCAGACAGCUUUUAUUCGGGUCUGACGCCAACAGAGUUCUUCUUUCACACUAUGGCCGGAAGAGAAGGUCUGGUGGAUACAGCGGUCAAGACCGCCGAGACGGGAUACAUGCAGAGGCGUCUGGUGAAGUCUUUAGAGGAUCUCUGCUCUCAGUACGAUCUAACAGUACGCAGCUCCACAGGUGACAUCAUUCAGUUCAUCUACGGAGGAGACGGACUCGACCCCGCCGCCAUGGAGGGAAAAGAUGAACCGCUGGAGUUCAAAAGAGUCCUCGACAACAUCAGAGCGGUGUACUUGUGUCACAGUGAGCCGGCGCUGAGCAGAAACGAGCUGGCGUUGACCUCUGACUCCAUCAUGAAGAGAAAAGACUUUCUGUGCUGCAGAGACUCUUUUCUAGAGGAAAUUAAGAAGUUCAUUAAAACAGUUUCAGAGAAAAUCAAACAGACACGAGACAAGUACGGCAUCAAUGACUACGGCACCACAGAGCCUAAAGUUCUGUAUCAGUUGGACCGGAUCACACCCACACAGCUGGAGAAGUUUCUGGAAACGUGCAGAGAUAAAUACAUGAGGGCACAGAUGGAGCCGGGUUCAGCGGUCGGGGCAUUGUGUGCUCAGAGCAUCGGUGAGCCGGGCACUCAGAUGACCCUCAAAACCUUCCACUUCGCCGGUGUGGCGUCCAUGAACAUCACACUGGGGGUCCCGCGAAUUAAAGAGAUCAUCAACGCCUCUAAAAACAUCAGCACACCCAUCAUAAGUGCCAACCUGGACAUCGAUGAUGAUCCCGACUACGCUCGGCUGGUGAAAGGACGUAUCGAGAAAACUCUUCUGGGCGAGAUCUCAGAAUACAUCGAGGAGGUUUUCCUGCCCGACGACUGUUUCAUUCUAGUCAAGCUCUCGCUGGAGAGAAUUCGUCUCCUCAGGCUGGAGGUGAACGCAGAGACCGUGCGUUACUCCAUCUGUACUUCAAAGCUGCGGGUGAAGCCGGGCGAUAUCGCGGUCCACGGCGAGGCCGUCGUCUGCGUGUCUCCACGAGAAAACAGCAAGAGCUCCAUGUAUUACGUCCUGCAGACGCUGAAACAGCUGCUUCCUAAAGUGGUUGUUCAGGGAAUUCCUCAGGUGGCGCGAGCCGUCAUUCACAUCGAUGAUCAGAGCGGGAAACAGAAGUUCAAACUGCUGGUGGAGGGAGAUAACCUGAGAGCCGUCAUGGCAACACACGGCGUCAACGGCAACAGAACAACAUCCAACAACACCUAUGAGGUGGAGAAGACUUUAGGUAUCGAGGCGGCGAGAUCCACCAUCAUUAAUGAGAUCCAGUAUACUAUGACAAAUCACGGUAUGAGCAUCGACCGCAGACACGUCAUGCUGCUGGCUGACCUCAUGUCUUAUAAGGGCGAGAUUUUAGGCAUCACCCGCUUCGGCCUGGCCAAGAUGAAGGAGAGCGUUCUCAUGCUGGCGUCCUUUGAGAAGACUGCUGAUCAUCUGUUUGACGCCGCGUAUUUCGGUCAGAAAGACUCUGUGUGCGGUGUUUCUGAGUGUAUUAUAAUGGGAAUCCCCAUGAACAUCGGCACUGGACUCUUUAAACUGUUACACAGCGCUACGAAAGAUCCCACUCCCCCUCGCAGACCCCUGCUAUUCGACAAUCCUGAUUUUCAUGUCACGAUGGCUUACCAUAACUGACGGGUGCUGUGCCUUUUUUUGUCCUAAAGAAACAAUUUAUGGUUUACAACAUUUUGUGCCUUGUGUUUUUUUCCCACUCCAGAUGACGGGAUCUUUGUCAUGAAUGACAUCUUCUGUGAUGUCUGUUAAUCUAUGACCAUAUGUUUUUAUUCAUGUCUUAUCAUCGUGAUAAGAGUUUCUCAGAUCCUUUAAACGGAUCAAACAAAGCGCUUACAGUUUCAUAAGCUUUGCAGUGACCGAAGAGAAAUUCAUAUAAUUUAUGUGGCGUGAAUGUGGUUUUAGUUUUGUUUAAGUUGGUUUUGCAGAAACCAAACGGUUAAAAUUUAUGUAAAUAUGUAUCAGGUGUGAAUAAAAUAUAUGCAUUAUAAUAACAUUA